AUGAAUGAUAGUACAGAAGUGGAUUUUGAAUUACUUUUUUAUGAUCAUAUUGCAAAAAAAGAACCACGAGCUCUAAACCGAUUUUAUAGUGCGAAACGGCGCAGUGAAUUAGAAGAAAAACGACGGUCAUCGGGACAUUUUAAAUCGUUGACAGAAGUUGUUGAAGAUUAUAAUAGAAUCAUUAGAAGGAAAAGACCAGCUGGUGAGGAAACAUGCGAUUUACCAGUGAAAAAAAAUUUGAAACAGGGUGAAAGGUCAGAUUCAGAUUCCACUACUACUUCGGAAGACGAUACCUCUCCUGCAAAAGUUGCUUUGAAUAAACGACCUGAAAUGGGGGAAAAUGUCAUUAAAAAAAUGGAUAAAAAUUCUUCAAGUGAUAGCUUUAGUGAUGAUUCAGUAAAGAGGGAAUUGUUGGGAAUCAUAAAGGAGACUGGUGGAAAUAUCGAAAUGUUAAAAUCAUUGUUAUAUGCUUUAGAGAAUCCGAGCUACGAUAGUUGCUCUUCUGGUAGUGAUUCGAAAAUUGAGGAAAAAAAAUCAGUUCCAAUUUCUGUAAGCAAUGAUAGAGAGAAUCUGCAGAAGGGAAAAACCGUAUCAGCAGCAAAAACCUUUAAGACAUGCAAAUCUUCAUCAUCUUCAUCUGAUAGUGAUAGCGAUAGUGAAGAAAAGUCAACGGUGGUUAAAAAUGGUUUCAAAAAGACACAAACGAUGAGUGUUUCCGCCACUAAGUUUUCUGGCAUUCUAUCUAAAAAAUCGUCAUCAUCAGAUUCAGAUAGUGCAAGCAGCGAUGAUGAGUCUCAAAAGGUUCAAACUUUUAUUAGUAAGUCGGCUGCCCAUACCGCUGUAAAGUUAUCUCAUUCGGCUGGCAAGAGUACAUCUGAUUCCGACAGCAGCAGUGAUAGUGGUAACAGUGACCAAACAGUGACCCAACUUAAGAAGGGUGAGGAUAAUUCAAAAGCGAGACGAACUUCAAGUGCGAAUGCUGUAGUCGUUAAAAAAAACACUGGGGCGAAAUCGAGUUCUUCUGAUUCAGAUAGCAGUGAAAUUCAUUCUAGUAAUACGAGAAGUGGAUAUAAAAAGACCACUAAAGUUGCUAAAAAGUCUGAUUCAUCAAGUUCUGAUUCAGAUAGUAAUUCUGAAGUCGUACAACAUGAGAAAGUUCGAUUUAAUAAUGUAGAAGAUGAAUCUAAAAAGCCUGUCGCAAAUACAAAAAAAUCUGAUUCAUCAAGCUCCGAUUCAGAUAGCAGCACUGAAAACACAAAACCUAAGGGAAAAUCUGUAUCUUCCAAAAUGAUGGUCAAAUCGGUUAUUUCAAAUGCUAAGAAACCCGUAAAAUCGAUAUCAGAUUCCUCCAACAGUAGCAGUGGUAGUGGUAAUGUCCAGUCUAAGAAUGUUCAGUUCAGUGAUUCGAAAAUUAGAUCUAAAAAUUAUGUUGAACUGGGAAAGAAAUUUGAUUCAUCAAGCACCGAUUCAGAAACUACCACUGAAGGCAUGCAAUUUAAGAGAAAACAGUCUGCACUUUCAAAACCGAUGGUUAAAUCGGUUGCUUUAAGUGCUAAGAAGUCCUCAAAAAAGAAAUCAGAUUCUUCCGUUAAUAGUAAUGAUAUCGACAAUAUUCAAUCUAAGAAGGUUGAGCCUAAUAGCUUAGAAAAUGGAUCUAAAACGCCCGUUCAAUCUUCUAAAAAAUUUGAUUCGUCAAGUUCGGAUUCAGAUAGCAGUAUUGAAGGAAUGCAAAUUAAGAAACUUCAGCCUAAUAACGCAAAAAAUGAACCUAAAAAGUCUGCUCAAUUUAUCAAAAAAUCUAAUUCAUCGAGCUCCUAUUCAAAUAGCAGCAUUGAAACCAUACAACAUAAAGGAAAACAAUCUGUGCCUGCUAAAAUGAUGGUCAAAUCGGUUACUUCAAAUGCUAAGAAACUUUCAAGAAAGGAGACCUCCUCUGAUUCUUCUGAUAGUAGCAGUGAUAGUAUUAAUAAUCAAAUUCAAAAAGAAACGGUAAAAUCAUUUGUUCAGAAUAAAUUUGCUCCUAUUUCUCACAGCAAAUCAAAGUCACAAAAGGCUCAAAAUUCGUCAGACAGCAGGGAUUCCAAUGAUAAUAAUAGUGCGAAGAAGUCUAUUAAAACAAAUGCUGAGGUGCAUAAAACAAGUACCAUUGCUGCAAAGGGCAAAAACGGAAGUUCAUCCGAUAGUAGUUCGGAAAGCGACAAUAAACAGAGAGCAGCUUUACAAAUGAAACAGUGGUAUACUACCAGUAAAAUUCGUGUUCAGGAUAAGCAGAAGAAUAGUACUAGUUCAUCAGAAAGCUCUGAUAGUUCCAACAAUAAUGAAAGUGAGAAAAAAAGAAGUGAUUCAACCAACAUAACAAAUAAAUCAAGUUCUGAAAAUAAUUUCUUGAAGAAAGAAUUUGCGACAAAAAUGGACACUUCAAAAAAAACUAGUGAGAAAAAGAAAAUUUCUGAAAAGAGUAUAUCUAGCAGUGAGUCAUCAGUUGUUGAUUCUGAAACUGAAGGAAAAAAUAACAAUAAUCAAUCAAUAAAUACUUCUCAAAAACACAAGGAAAAUGAGAAAAUUAAAGAGAAAAAGGAGCCUUACCGUAGAGUGACUAAUUCAAAAGAAGAAUUAUCUGAAAAGUUCAAGGAUAAUUCAUUUAGAGGAAAAGUGGUCCUCUGUUUUAUGUUACUGAACACUGGUAUUUUACCAAGUUCUCGUGUCAGUAUUUUCCAGGGAUAUGAUCAGUGGGGUAAAAAGGCGUAUGAAGCCUUCAAGAAUGUACAAGGCAAAGGUUUUAGGCAUCAAAAAUUGAAAAAAAAGCGUGGCACAUAUAGUGGUGGUGAAAUAAAUCGAGAAAUUCAUUCAAUCAGAUUCGAUAGUGAUAGCGGUUAA